UAACAGGAAACAUUCAGCCAAGUUUCAAAGAGAUUGUGGAAGGAAGAUUAUGGACACGUGUCGUCUGGUUGCUAAUGCUGAAGAACUUACAAAACAAGAUGUGGGCCAGCUGGAUUGUGAUCCUCCUGCAUAUGUUGUCGAUGAUGACACCAGCAGUUCUCUGUGGAGCAGUCCACCACCUGCAUACACAUCCAAUACUCCUCCCCCGUACUCUUCAUUGCCAUCAGUCAUGGGCAAGACUGCAAUCAUGACUGAAACGUCUGGAACCCCAGUUUUCAGACGACGUGUUUUACGUGUGUCUGACAACAGCCCGAUUAAAGACUACAUGUGGCUCUCUGUGAUGAACAUGUUUUUCUUCUUUCCUUUGGCUGUUGUUGGCGUCAUGCUGUCACUGAAAGUUCGAGAUUGCCUUGGUUCCAGAGAUUUCAUUAGAGCAAGGGAGGUCUCGCGAACUUGCUUCUUAGUCAACAUGAUUGCGACUGUCAUCGGAGUCAUGACUAUUAUUGGGAUUAUUGUCGGUGGCAUGGUAGGCUUUGAGCCAAGAGAUGUGUGAAAACACAAACGAUGGCACAUCAGUGACGUCAUCCAUUGAUAAUUUCUGUGCAUGAAUUUCUUUGUAAAUAAUGGUAUUUGUAUAUUAGGUAUUUUAGCAUUUUGAAAUUUGUGUUUUGUAAGCUUCAGUUAUUCUACAAUUUCUGUUGUUGAUUAUUUACUGUCUAGUAUAUGGAUAAUAUAGACUACUAGCAGUGGCUAGUUUCUCUGAAAAGGUA